AGCCAAAAUGGCGUCCAUGGACACAUCGAGAUCCACAUCAUCAAAUGAUUAUUCUUUAACGAUGGGUGACUUCAAGUCGCAGCCACUUGAAUCAAGUGAUUAUAAGUCAAAUGAACCUGCUGUGUACACUCCUUCAAGUGACGAGUUUCAAUUUGUACAACAAUCGCCACAUCUUGGGGCUAACAGAGUUGAGGGUACUAUGGAUGUUGCUGCAGAGUUAACACCAUCAGAUUCUGCCUAUGGAGUGCGGCCUCGAGGAGUUGCAUCACAGUUUUUGGACAAAAAAGGAUUUUCCUGGCUACUUGAAGAGGAGGAUCUUGAUGAAGAGGAUAAACAGCCAUUGUUAGAGGCUCUUGACAUUGAUCUGAAAGACAUAUAUUAUAAACUGCGGUGUGUGCUGUUUCCUCUGCCUCAGCUUGGGUUUAACCGACACAUAGUGAGAGAAAGCCCCGACUUCUGGGGACCACUGGUUGUCAUUCUCCUGUACUCACUGGUAUCACUGUAUGGACAAUUCAGGGUGGUAUCAUGGAUCAUCACCAUUUGGAUAUUUGGUUCCCUCAUCAUAUUUUUAUUAGCCAGGAUGCUUGGAGGUGAAGUGAGCUACUCGCAGUGUCUGGGCGUGAUUGGCUACUCCGUACUACCACUGGUCAUCACAGCAUCCAUCCUUCCUCUAUUUAGAUCUCUCCACUAUCUUGGCCUAUUAAUAAAGCUGUGUGGAGUAGUGUGGGCGGCGUAUAGUGCUGGGACGUUGCUUUGUGUACAAGAACUCCAACACAAGCGGCCUCUCCUUCUGUACCCAGUGUUCCUCCUCUAUAUCUACUUCCUGUCCCUAUACACCGGGGCCUGAUCCUCCUCCUCAUCAACAUUGCUGUCUAAAGCCUUCUUAGUGAGUUUAGAAUGAUAUGGUCACUUACUCCUGCAUGUACCUGGGUUCAGACGUCUAAGGAUUACACAUGGACAUGAUUCCAGGCGUAAGAUGGAGUUCACUGCCAGAUCACUGGCAAAACAAGUGAUACAUAUCUACAUCUCACGAGAGAAUUAUUUCAUAUUGACCUGGCUAUAAUAUGUUGAUGUUAUACAGACAUGUUGUAUUUGAAAGAAUGUUUGGAUGAUUUUGAUAACUCAGGUGGAACCAUCUGUAAACAAAACCUAUUUGGGUUAAACAUGUUCUACAAGUGUUACUACAGAAAAUCUAUCUUGGGUCUAGAAAACAAAUAUCAUGAAAGGAUGAUCAGACCAUAUAUAUAUUCUCAUUUCAAGGCCACAAUGUCAACAGAAUGUAUGAGAACAAGCGAGUUUUAACCAUAUCUGUGAUAUCAAGGUGCUACCAUAGCUUCUCACCAGUACCUUAAUCUGUGUGUCUAGCUCGGCCAUAGAUUGUCACAUCACAUCCCAAUCGCAACAAUUCCAGGUAACAGUAAUGGAUGGACUUGCAUUACCAAACAGAAGAGAAGGAACACUUCCUUAUCUCAAAUGCUAGAGGUAUUGCAGGGACAGUAACAUAAUUGUCAGAUGUAUUUAGUUUUGAUAUUAAUAUGUAUGAACUAACAAAUUUGAAUGCUUCCUGUACCUGGGUUUAGAGUCCAGGGGAAAUAAAGGUUUAAUAAAAUAAAAUCCUGUAAUUUUUAUUAAAUUACAUAAAAAAAUAUUAAAGAAUUUAAUAAAUUCAAUAGCUAGGUAUGAGCACUUUAUUCUAGGUAAGAUACUAACAGAUGAUAUUCCGUCAGGUAUUACCACUGAAUCAGGCAUACAAAUGUGUAUUUGGAGAUUUUAUUGAAAUUUAAAACUUUGAGAGAAACCUAAUGCACAUAAACUUAAAACAUGCAGUAUGUAUAGAUACAUAUAGAUGUUUGAGAACUUUUAAUGUAAUUAGGAGAGCGCUUUGGUGUGCUAGGGGGACAUUGAUAUUGAUAUACGUCGUGUUUUGGGCUGAUGUUGCUGGUACAAUGUCUUGUGUACAUAGAUUUGGAGUGUCACUUGUUACAUGUACAAUGUAUAUAGGUAAUGAUUUUCCAUUGUAAAAAUGUUUAUAGUGUUAUAUACCGUUAAUAAUUUUAUGGGAAUUUACUUUUACAAUGGGAUCUACAUAAUAUAUAUAACUUGCAUCAUGUUAGUGGUGAACAAACAUGCGUUGGAAGUGUAAAUGUAUGUAUUAAAAUUGCAUAGAAUUUAUCUGGUCUUAAAAAUUUUCACUAUAACAUUUCUUGUCAACUGUACCAUCAUGAAAUUAAAUGUACAUUCAACACUG